GCUCCGGCAACAGCUCCAGCGAACGACUACGGCGCCCCUGCUGUGCGCUCAAACAAACUCCACCGCCCUCUCCUCGCUGCAAACCAUGCCCUGCACACCAUCUCCUCCCUGAUCGUCCUCGGUAUCUCAGCGUACUUCAUCAACAAGUACACCCACAACACACACCUUGUGUACUGGGUCGCUCUUGCUGCCAUCGACGUAUUACUCUACAUCCCCGCCCUCGCCCUACCAGCCCUCAACUCCUACAAAGGCUACCUCGCACCUCUGGCCUGGAUCCUAUCGUACCUGUGGCUCACAGCUUUCAUUUUCGCGGCGCAGGACUACGAGUACAACGGCGGGUGCACCGUGAACUCGCCACGUUUCGUCAACAAAUGUAACCUCAAGCGCACGCUUGAGGCGUUUGCUUUUAUUGCUUUCUUCACCAGCCUUGUCGGUACGCUGCUUGAGACGCGGCUUUGGGAUGUGCAGAGGUUCAAGGGAACAAGG